AUGCACGUGGAUUCGGACGAGGAGGCUGCUGCCGCGUGUACGGCGGGGGAAUGGAGAGCCUUGCAGACUCCUACAACCGCACAUCUCUCGAACACGGCCUUGGGGAAUAUUGCCACCAAAUUACGCGAUCUGCGGCAGGAGCUUGUCAGCUUUGAUGAGCGUGUGCCGGAGGUUGUCACCUUCCGCGUCGACGGCAAACUCUUCUCGGUCCAUCGCGAAUUGCUGCGAAAUGAUCCGCAGUCAGUCCUCUUCCUGAUGACAGAGUCAAGGUUUCGGCGCGACGGAGAUGGACGUCACGUGAGUGACGUGAUUGAAGUUCCAGGCAGGGACGCAACUCUUUUUGGCAUGUUAAUGAACCUCCUCCGCGGUUAUCGGAACCCCAUUCCGGAGGCCUACCGCGAGGCUUGCGCUGCCGAGGCGCACUUUUACGGCUUGGAUCACUCGUGGGAGUCGCGGUACCCUGUUGCGGCUGUCGGUCCCUUUCGCCCGCUUACGUGCAGCGACAGACUUUUCUCAGAUGUGGUGUGCGCAGCGGCGAGCCCGUUCUACUCGAGCGGUCUGCACUGUAUUACGUUUGGCAUGACGCGGUGUGAGACACUGGCGGUGGGGGUUGUGGCUGAGGGCGCUCCGCUGAGAUGGAUCGACAGCAUUGGUCGCUGCGAGGGCUUGGCCCUUUACUGGAAUGACGGGCGGGUGGCGCACAAUUUUGGUGGCCUUUGCACGGAGAAGACUAGCUGCGCGUUCACCGCCAACGCGGUGGUCAAAGUCAACUUGGAUUGUGAGGAGAACAUCGUGCGAUGGUCACUGGGGGGUGAGCAAAGUGUGGCCGUGGUGCGUCUUCCACCAGAGGCGAGUUUUGCCUUUGCCGCGGUGCUGGUGAGGUCUUCAGAGGUGCAGAUAUUACACAGCGCGUGA